AUGAGUGUCAUUUCCCUUCUGACACACAGCAAAGUCGCCCUCAGGUUGCUGUAACCGGUCUCUUCUCCUGCUCCUCCCGAGCUCCCCAUAGGCCACCCAGUCGAGUCCCCACCUGGACCCAUGCCGGCCCGCUCCCGGUGACCUCUGACCGCUGGCGUGAUUCUGGGGCUUUGGUGCGGGCCAGUCCCCGGCCAUGGAGCUAGGCAGCUGCUUCAAGACCUACGAGGACUUCAAGGAGUGUUUCAGCGCCUACAAAAAGGAGACCAGAUGCUCCUUCAUUGUGAGGGACUGCGUCUCCGUCCGCUUCCACAACCUCAACCACGGCACCUCCUUCCGCGAGGAUAUCCUAUAUGUGCAGGUGAAAUUUGUCUGUAUUCGGACGCAGUCAAACAGGAAGAGAACACGGAAGGUGGACAGGUGCCCAGCGUACUUGCUCCUGCAGUACAGCGAGAGCCUAGAUAGACUGUUUAUCAGUGAAUUGAAUACCCAGCACAUACAUGUUGAUUCUUAUGCUGCUGGAGGAGCCCCUGCUAGCAAACUCCAGAAGGCAGUGUGUCUGCAUAAACUCCAGCCGGUGCAGCUCAGCAUCAAGAAAGACCUUGAUGCAGCAGAGAAGCUCCCAGUAGAACCACCGUCUUUCUGCCUAGAUAAGACACAGCUGCCCUCAGAUCCAGAGCAGGGGGCCAUCAGUCCUUCUGACCUGGCCAAGAUAGCAAAAGUGAUGAAAAACUUUCUUACGGUAGACGAGGGCUCGAUGGCCUCCUUCAGCGUGGGCACCAGCCAAGACCUGGAUCGGCUCAGCUUCCAGAGCAGCAAGAUGAGUGACUUGUUCACCCGAUUCCCAGAGAAUCUCUUGUUGCACCGGGUAGAGAAUAGCCAGGGCCAUGUUCUGUAUGCUUUCUUGGUGGAGAACAAGGAGCGAGAGAGUCGAGUAGUACAUUUUGCUGUGCUCAAGGCCGAGACAGCCCCCUCUGUGGCCAAGAUGCUCAAUAUCUUUACAGAAUUCAACUCUGAUUGGCCCAAGGUCAAAGUGGUCUUUGUGGAUCCUUCAUUCCCUCACCGAGCUAUUCUUCAGGAGAUCUUCCCCGCGGCCCGCAUCCUCCUUUCUAUUUAUCACACGACCCGGCUCCUAGAGAAGAAGUUGCAUCAGAGCGCUGCAAAUGCAUCCUUUAAAAGGCUCAUGAAGGAAGCUCUUCGGGAAGCCGUAUUUGUCUCUUCUGAUGCAAGCCUGAAAAAGCUCUGUCAGAUGACCCAGGCCCUGCUGGAUGAGGAACUCUUCAGGUUCCUCCAGGCCCAUUGGUUCUCCUGUGAACUGCUGUGGUACAUGCAUGUGAGGAAGGGCCUGCAUGCAUGUAACACCUACAUGGACAGCCUAGACAUAGUCACCAGCAAAGUGUCCAGCCUCUUCCGGGAGCAGCGGUCCCUACUGGACUGCAUCCUUCACUUUGUGGAUUACAUAGACUUCUUUAACACCAAAGGCCUGAAGAGCUUGCCCACGAAUUCCCCCAAGUUAAAAAGAACUCAGCUCCCAAGCACACCACCAAGGCCCAAGAAGUCUUUUCGAAUUUGUGGUGGGGAUGUCACCAGGCUCCCUGUGGACGAGACAAAGCCAGACUCAGAGCAGUCCCAGUCACCACCGCCCCAGGAUCAGUCCUGCAAGGGUGGCAUGCUGGACAUUUUGCAGCAGAGUGGCUCUGAGCUGGCCUACAAGCUCUGCCACAACGAGUGGGAGGUGGUGCGGAACUCUACUCACCUGGUGGACGAGGUCGGCUCCUCAGUCGCCGUGAAGCUCCUGGAAGACUCACACCAGGUGAGCAAAGACGGCUGCAGCUGCAGCUGCUCCUUUCAGCGGUGUUACCAUCUGCCGUGUCGGCACAUCUUGGCUCUGUUGCAUACCAGCCAGCAGCCAGUAGGGGAAGCCAUGGUGUGCUGCCGGUGGCAGAAGAAGUACCAGCACCUCCUUGGACCCAAUGGGGAGCUUCAAGAUCGUGGAAUAAUCCCAAACACAGAUCAGCCUGAAAAGCAAGGUCAGAACCACAUGAUUCAGGACCUAAGCAGGGAGCUGGCAAACCUGCUGAUGCAGACUGAGGGGCCAGAGCUGGAGGAGCGCUGUUCCACCCUGCGCAAGAUUGUGGACAUCUGGGCCGACCCCUAUCAGCUACCUGAGUCCAGUCAGCAGCCAGAUGAUUUCAAAGAUGUGGGGUGCCUCCCUUUCCUCUGGGGGAAGCUAGAGGAAGGAGACAGCCUUCCUCUCGCUGAAGCCAUGGUUCAUGACUGAAGCGUUUGUACUAGUGCACUGCGUGUCAAAACCUUGGAAGUUUGAGAGUUCAAAGUGGGCGGGUCACACUGUGGGUCAGUAUUUUAACCAAUGUCUUCCAAGGUAAGGGCUAAGAAGAUCUUAAAAGUAGGGGGAUAGGGACCCCACUGUGACAGUCCUCUGAGCCUGCCCCUUUCAACCCUACCUUUGGCAUUCUAUAGACAGCUCAUUCAUUGUUCAAAGCCAAAGUUAUUCCAUACUGAAAGGUCAUGCCCCUUCCUCCCCAGCCCCAGAGGUCAAAUUGCAUUGACCCUACAGAGAUGAGCCCUUGCCCAGGAGAAUAAAACAAAGUGAGCCUGGAAAGCAGCUUUGUUUUCAGGGACGGAGGGGAGGAGGGUGACCCUUGACUGUCGCUGCUCUUUAGAAAAUACUGUUAUGUAUUUUUACUCGCGUUAAUAAAGUUGUUUUUGUUUUUGUU